GUUAAAAGACGUCUUGGAAGACUUUUACGGGACUGAGCAGGAACAGAAGUACAACCCUGAAACGCCCAUUGACUAUGAAGGUUUCAAGGUCUUCAUGAGAACUUACCUGGAGGAGAACAUCCCUGAGGACCUCUGUAAGCAUCUUUUUCUGUCCUUUACAUGCAAGAAACUGAAGCAGUCCUCUAAGCCAAAGACGAAGAGUUCCAGUGCUCCCCAAGACAACACUUAUGAUGUCAAUGGGAAGCCAGAAGUCCAUGGCCCCAGCACACCGGUUACCAAGUCUCAAGAGGCCAUAGACAUUGUGCCCAAAGAGGAUGAGCAGACCAUUUCCUUGCCUUCUGGACCCAAGAGCAAUGCCACCAGCUUGGACAGAAGGACUCCGUCGCAGACCAAAACCGUAUCUUUCUCUGUUGAUAACUCCUUGCCCAUUUUUCAGGCUCAGAGUUCAAAGAACUUACUGGAGAUCGAAGCCCCGAAAGUCACAAAGAGCUCCACAAGCUCAUUUCCUCAGGCAUCGUUAGAAGUCAUGCCUCAGGUCGUCUACCUGAAAGACAUCAUCUGUUACCUAUCACUGUUGGAAAGAGGUCGGCCCCAAGACAAGCUGGAGUUCAUGUUUCGCCUGUAUGACAUGGACUGCAAUGGUUACCUGGAUAGUAGUGAGCUGGAUCGAAUCCUCACCCAGAUGGUGCAUGUGGCUGAAUAUCUGGAAUGGGAUUGCACAGAGCUCAGGCCUAUCUUGAAGGAAAUGAUGGAAGAGAUUGAUAUUGACCAUGAUGGGAUGGUGACCCUAGAAGAGUGGAUUCAGGGAGGGAUGACGACCAUUCCAUUACUGGUCCUACUAGGGAUGGAAACAAAUGUGAAUGAAGAUGGUCAGCAUGCCUGGAGGCUAAAGAAUUUCAAAAAGCCAGCCUUCUGCCAUCUCUGCCACACCGUUCUGGUGGGAGUGCGGAAACAGGCCCUGUGCUGUUCAUUUUGUAAAUAUACAGUCCACCAAAAAUGUGCAUCCCAAAAUAUCUCUCCAUGCAUCAGCACGUAUAGGAAAUCCAGGAGACAGAUUGAGGUAAUGCACCACGUGUGGGUGGAAGGGAAUACCUCUGUCAACUGUGACCUUUGCACAAAAAGCAUCAAGUGCUUCCAGCCAGGGAUCUCAAUCCACUGUGUGUGGUGUCAUAUCACGAUUCACAAAAGAUGUGCCUCCUACAUUUCAGCAGAAUGUGAUGGUGGCCAGCUCAGAGAUCAUAUUCUCCUACCAACUUCUAUAUUCCCGAUGGUCCUGGAGAGGAAGGAAGAAAGCAAGUCCACCACCAUCCCUAGUUCAAACCUUGAUGAUGCCAUAACCAAUGCUGAACCCAGUUCUUCAACCAAGGACGUACAUGAAUUGAAGGAGAAGGAAGAAGAAGAAAGCAUGUCUGCUACCAUCCCUAGUCCAAGCCCUGAAGCUGCCAUAAUCGAUAUUGAAGCCAGUUCUUCAACCAAGGAUACAAAUGAAUUGGAGAAGGGGGAAGAAGAAGAAAAUAUGUCCACCAAAAUCCCUGGUUCAAGUCCUGAUGAUGCCCUAAACCAUGUUGAACCCAGUUCUUCAAUCAAAGAUAUACAUGAAUUGGAGGAGAAGAAAGAAAGAAAAAUCACUUCCGCCAACAUCCCUUCAGUUGAUUCAAGCUCUGACAGUGCCACAAAUGAGGUCAAACUCAGUUUUUUAACCAAGGAUGCAUUUGAAUUAAAGGACAAGGAAGCCUUUGACAAGGAAUUAACCAACUUCUUUGCUGCUGGUCCUGGCCUUGAGAAUGCCUUGAUGAUGGAUAUACAGAAAUUAGAGGAGAAGGAAGUCACUGAGAUUAGAUCCACCAUAGUCUCUCCAGCUGGGCCUAGCCCUGAAAAAUCCUCAACUGAUCUAAAAUCAGAUUCCACAAACCCAGAUGCAGACAAAUUAGAGGAAAAGGAAGUCACUGAGAUUGGAUCCACCAUAGUCUCUCCAGCUGGGCCUAGCCCUGAAAAAUCCUCAACUGAUCUAAAAUCAGAUUCCAUAAACCCAGAUGCAGACAAACUAGAGGAAGAAAAAAUGUCUGAGAAAAAAUCUUUACAGAAACCCAACAGCACCAAUAAAUCCAUGAGCCCAACGAAGAACUUGCUUCAGGUCAAAGAAGAGGAGAGUGAAUACUCUAAAAGCUAUUCCCAAAAGAUUUCUCUCUUGGAGAUAAACUCCUCUUUGAUGGAUGGACAUGGAUUACAGAUUAUUCCACCAAAGGACACACAUCCUCUGCUUGUGUUGCUCAAUCCUAAGAGUGGGGGAAGACAAGGAGGAAGACUCCUUCGGAAAUUCCAAUAUCUGCUCAACCCCAGACAAGUUUACAACCUGGAGCAAUGGGGGCCUCUUCCAGGAUUGAAUUUUUUCCGUGGCGUGCCAAACUUCCGUGUGCUUGUUUGUGGAGGAGAUGGGACUAUCGGUUGGGUAUUGGAUUGUAUUGAUAAGAUUAAUUUUGUCAAACAUCCGAAAGUGGCGAUCCUGCCUCUUGGAACAGGAAAUGACCUUUCCAGGUGUCUCCGUUGGGGAAGAGGUUACGAAGGUGGCAAUUUGAUGAGACUGCUAAAGGACAUUGAGCAAAGUUCCGAGGUGAUGCUGGAUCGGUGGCAACUUGAAAUCAUCACCAAAGACAAGGACAGUAAAGGGGACCCUCUUCCACACUGCGUGUUCAAUAACUAUUUCUCUAUUGGUGUGGAUGCCUCCAUUGCCCACAAAUUCCACCUCAUGAGAGAGAAAUACCCUGAAAAAUUCACGAGCAGGAUGAAGAACAGGCUGUGGUACUUUGAAUUUGGCACAACAGAAACCUUUGCUUCAACCUGCAAAAAGCUGCAUACCUUCAUAGAGGUAGAGUGUGACGGCAUCACCCUGGACCUCAAGGGCACCUUGCUUGAGAGCAUCGCCAUACUCAACAUCCCCAGCGCAUAUGGAGGCACCAACCUCUGGGGAGAGGACAAGAGACAGCGGAGGGUGUCCCUACUAGAGAAGAAGAGUUCAGGGAACUCUCGGAGAGCGACGAUCACGGACCCCAAGGAGCUGAAGUUCUGUAUCCAAGACUUCAGUGACCAUCUUCUAGAAGUGGUGGGACUGGAGGGAGCCAUGGAGAUGGGGCAAAUCUACACUGGACUGAAGAAUGCUGGGAAGAGGCUGGCUCAGUGCACCUCGGUUACUAUCAGGACAACCAAGAUGUUGCCUAUGCAAGUGGAUGGGGAGCCCUGGCUACAGGCACCCUGCACGCUCCUACCUCUCUUGGCAUUUCUGCCCAUCACCGCCAGCACUGCCAAAUCUGUCCUGCCCAGAGCCAAGUCGCCUGUUCUGAAGCUGGUCAAGGGCAACUCUCAUUCUGGAAGGGAGCCCUCAGCCAGCAUGGGCUCAGAGGACACCCUUGUCCACCAGACCCCCCAACUCCUGCUAGGCCCCAGGUGGCUUCCCUUUAGAGAGGGCCCACACGGAGCCAACAGAGUGCUCCUCACAGGUGGCAGAAUCCAGACUGAGCUGAAAGACAAGACCAAAGCUUCCCCCCCUUCCCAGCCACCCCCAGGCCAGAGACGUUGGACAAAGCUCCAUCUAACACGACUCCUGGCAAAGGCCGGCAAGCGUAUGUUCGUCUCCUGGUCGUCAUUUGAGCUCCAACACGGCUCCCGGCAGUUUUCUGAGAAGGCAGCAAUGGGAGUCAGAGGCUGGGGAGCCUUCUGGGUCCAGAGAACGCUGGGCAACUGGAGCCACCAGAAAAGAAACACCACAGAGACUACGACCAAGACAGAAGAUAUCAGGCCACCUGUGGCAGCAGCUCGGUCCAGUGAAAAGCUGGCUAGGUUUGAAGACCUGGCCCAGGCCUUGCCAUCUGCCCUCUACUGCAUCAUCCAGACUUCCGGGGCUCUCCAGGCAGCUUGGACUCUUAUCUGUGUCAUCUCCUCCUAUUAUAGCCUUGCUCAGUCCAUUAGGCUGCCCUGGAAGGGAGCCGAUGCUGGCCUAGGGGAGGCAGGCGACGCGGGACGGCGGCGUGGAGGAGGCUGGGGAGGUGCCCAACUACACGGGACGCUGGCAAAGGCAGCUGAUGCUGCUCGAUGGAGUCUGGGGAGCGGGGAUUAA